AACGCGACCAGCCAAUCGGCGUUCUCCAAGACCGACAGGAAGUCGUCACCGCAACACACGACCACGUCCGGAACUUCCUCCUGAUUUCCAUGUUGUAACCCGGUCGUAACAUCGACAUGGUGAAAGUUAGGCUUGUUCGUCUUUCUACACGUUGAACAAACUUAUAGCUACAAUGAGCGACCGUCAGCUAGACCUGACAGAAUCACAGAAAGCUGUCAAGUCCAAAUACCCGCCAAUCAACAAGAAAUAUGAAUAUUUGGAUCAUACAGCAGAUGUACAAAUUCACUCCUGGGGAGGUUCUCUGGAAGAGGCCUUCGAGCAGUGUGUCAUGGGCAUGUUCGGCUACAUGACGGACACGGAGACAGUUGAACCGACUGAUACCGUUGACGUGGAAUCGGAGGGCCACGACAUGGAGUCUCUUCUCUUCCAUUUCCUAGAUGACUGGCUAUAUAAGUUUAGUGCAGAUCUCUUCUUUAUUCCCAGGGAGGUCAAAGUGUUGCACAUAGACAGACUGCAUUUCAGGAUCCGCUCCAUUGGAUGGGGUGAAGAAUUCUCUCUGGCGAAGCACCCACAGGGAACAGAGGUAAAAGCCAUCACAUACUCUGCAAUGCAGAUCCACGAUAAGGAAAAACCAGAGAUCUUUGCCAUUAUUGACAUCUGACGACUCUUCCAGCGGCAGAUCACACUCCUGGUUCGACAGAACUGGAUAUAUCUACGCGGCCAAUUUAAGUGGCCUUUUAAUCGAAGGCACUGAUUGUUGACUUCUAAAAUCUGCUUUUCUACUUCAUGAUCAACUGUUUACUAACUAGCUCUCUGACAGGUAUCAUGAUUGACAUUAUUUGAGAAAUCACAUAACUUUCAAUAUAACUGAGGAAUAAUAGAACUCUUUACUUCAAGUCAUUUCUGAAAAGUAAAACUCUGAUUUAGAAGUCUAAUGGUUUUUGUCAGCCCAGUUUUACUUGAAAUGCUUUUGUAAACUCUUAUUUAUGACAAAUUUGAAAUUGUGUCGAAGCCUUAUUAAUCAUUGUAAAUAAAUCACCAGAUGUUUA